UGCUGUUGAGUGAUUCGAACGGUGGGGGAAAGUCGUGUGUCUGGACCAGCAUUGCGCUGCCUCGGCUUUCCUUAGUACGCAUCUUAUGUUUCUCCUUUAUUCGGAGAAAUAGCAAGCGGAAUAGAUAACGCUUUCACGUCGUGCAUGCCAGGAGAAGAGGAUACAAUCGCCGGUCAACUGCAUUAUUUUAGAAAUACAUAUUUGUUUCCUAAUGAUAGCCUACACUAAUCAAACGGAGACAUGUGGAAUUGUAUGUGGAUUUCGAAUUGCCUCUCAAUAGUGUGUCUUCUCCUGACGGUGUGGACUGAGGUGUCCCAGUCCUCGGGCUAUUUUGAGCUGCAACUGAUUGCGGUACAGAACGCAAACGGUGAGUUGUCGGACGGGGACUGCUGCGACGGCGAAAGAAACGCUCAGGAUCUCCGCUGUAGCAUGGAUGAGUGUGAUACUUACUUCAAAGUGUGUCUAAAGGAAUACCAAACGGAGGUCACGACCAAGGGUUCGUGCAUCUAUGGAACUGGAUCUACUAACAUUGUCGGUGGGAAUACUUUUCAAUUUAAGAGCGCCAAAAACAACCAAAACCGACAUAACGAUGGUGGAAAGAUCGUUAUCCCAUUCCAGUUUGCUUGGCCGCGUGCGUACACUCUGAUGGUGGAGGCGUGGGACUGGGACAACGGUACGCAGAGCAGUGGUGAAGAUCUGUUGAUUGAGCGGAGUGUCCAUAAAGGAAUGAUCAACCCUGGAGAUGAGCGACAGACCAUCCAGCACAACGGCCCCAUCGCCAGCUUUGAGUACAGCAUCCGGGUGCGCUGUGACGAAAACUACUACGGCAGCAAGUGCAACAAGCAGUGCCGUCCCCGUGACGACAACUAUGGCCACUACGUGUGUGACCAGUUUGGCAACAGAGGCUGUAUGGAAGGCUGGAUGGGGACCUACUGUACAACUGCGAUCUGCAAGCAGGGGUGCAACCUGCUACAAGGAACCUGUGUUGCCCCAGGAGAGUGCACGUGUAAGUACGGCUGGCAGGGUCCGUUCUGCGACGACUGCCUUCCCUAUCCAGGCUGUGUCCAUGGGACUUGCGUCAAGCCCUGGCAGUGCAGCUGUGAGAAGAACUGGGGAGGCCUGCUGUGUGACAAAGAUCUGAACUACUGUGGGACAAACAAGCCCUGUAAGAAUGGAGGAACGUGUAUGAACACAGAGCCAGAUGAAUACAACUGUGCCUGUCCCGACGGAUACUCCGGCAAGAACUGUGAGAUAGCGGAACAUGCCUGCGUGUCCAACCCCUGUGCCAAUGGCGGCACCUGCCACGAGGUCCCGUCUGGGUUUGAGUGCCACUGUCCCGCGGGCUGGGCUGGGCCCACUUGCGCUAAAGACACGGAUGAGUGUGCAUCUAACCCCUGCGCUCAGGGUGGCACCUGCAUCGACAUGGAGAACGGCUUCGAGUGCCUUUGCCCAUCACAGUGGGCUGGGAAGACCUGCCAGAUAGAUGCUAAUGAGUGUAUGGGGAAGCCUUGCCCCAAUGCUUACUCUUGCAAAAACUUGAUUGGUGGAUAUCACUGUGCCUGCUUUCAAGGAUGGGCCGGGCAGAACUGUGACAUCAAUGUCAACAGCUGCCACGGGCAAUGUCAGAAUGGAGCAACAUGCAAGGAGGGGCGAAGGGGCUACAUAUGCACAUGCUCACCAGGAUUUGUGGGCCGGCACUGUGAGAUCCAGAGGAACAGCUGUGCCAGCAACCCGUGUAGGAACGGAGGCAGGUGCCACACCCUGCUGGACGGGUUCCUCUGUGAAUGCCCGCAUGGUUACUCUGGCGCCGCCUGUGAGGUCCAGAGCAGCCCGUGUACCCCUAACCCCUGCCAGAACAAGGCCGAGUGCCACGGUCUGAUGGGAGACUUCUACUGUGCCUGCCCUGAUGACUACGAGGGCAAGACCUGCUCUGAGCUCAAGGACCACUGCAAGACCAACCCCUGUGAAGUCAUCGACAGCUGUACCGUUGCCGUGGCCACCAAUGAUACGCAGGAAGGGGUGUGGCACAUCUCGUCCAAUGUGUGCGGCCCCCGCGGACGCUGCAUAAGCCAGCCUGCUGGGAACUUCUCCUGCGCCUGUGAACCGGGUUUCACCGGAACGUACUGCCACGAGAACAUAAACGACUGCGUGACCUCUCCCUGUAAGAACGGAGGAACCUGCAUCGACGGAAUCGGCUCCUUCCAGUGCUUUUGCCUCGACGGCUGGGAGGGCACGCUGUGUGACAUGGAUGUGAAUGAUUGCAGUAGGAACCCCUGCAAGAACGGAGGCCAGUGUUUGGACCUGGUCAAUGACUUCUACUGCCAGUGCCAGGAUGACUGGAAGGGCAAGACCUGCCACUCCCAUGACAGGCAGUGUGAUUCCAGCACCUGCAGUAACGGGGGGACAUGUUUAGAACACGGGGACACCUUCCACUGUACCUGUCCCUCAGGCUGGGGAGGUCGAACGUGUAACACAGCCAAGAACAGCUCCUGUGACUCUAACCCGUGUGAGAACGGAGGCACCUGUGUUGGAGGCGGGGACGCCUUCACCUGCAUCUGUAAAGACGGCUGGGAAGGGCCCACGUGUGCUCAGAAUACUAAUGACUGCAAUCCUCACCCCUGCUAUAAUGGUGGAGUGUGUGUGGAUGGCGUGAACUGGUUCCGCUGCGAGUGUGCCCCAGGAUUUGCUGGACCAGACUGUCGGAUCAACAUAGAUGAGUGCCAGUCGUCUCCUUGUGCAUACGGCUCUACCUGUGUGGAUGAAAUCAACAGCUUCCGCUGUGUCUGUCCCCUGGGCCGGGCUGGGCCUCGCUGUCAGGAGUUCAUCGGGGUCGGCAAGGCCUGUCGUUACUUCGACCUGCAGUUCCCUCACGGCAGCCGAUGGGAGGAGGAGUGUAAUACAUGUCAGUGUGUCAACGGCAACGUGCGCUGUUCUAAGGUGCGAUGUGGCCGGCGGCCCUGCCUGCUCCAGAGAGCCGGUCCAGACAGCAGUCCCGCGUGUCCCGGAGGACAGGAAUGUGUGGAACACCAGUUCCUGACCUGCUUCGCAGCGCCAUGCCACCAGUGGGGUGUGUGUUCUACCCCCGACCCCCCUCCACCUCUCCACACCCAGUGUGAACCCAACACUGGUUACCUGGACAAGACCUGCGCCCGCAUCACACUCAUCUUCAACAGAGACAAAGUUCCACAGGGCACCACUGUGGAAAAGAUCUGUUCAGAGCUGAGGUACCUUCCUGUCUCCCAGACCCUGGCUAAAGAACACACCCUCCUGAUUCUCUGUGACCUGUCUAAUUCCAACAGGGACGCUGUAGAGGUUGCCAUGUCGUAUGAUCAGGAUGGACAGGAGGCGCUUGGAGACGGUGGGCGGAUCCAAGAGGCUGCCAGUGCCGUGAUUGGUGCCCUGUCCAAACGUCACAACAGCACUGUCAUGCUGGCCGUAGUGGAGGUCAAAGUGGAGACCCAGGUCAUGCCCCAGUCCACAGAGACCGACUACCUGGUGCCGGUUCUGUGCGUGGUGUUCAGCGUGCUGUGGAUCUUCUGCAUCGUGGUGUGUGUGUGGUGGACCCGUAAGAGGAAGAAAGAGCGCGAAAGAGAGUCCAUCGUGGACGACGGCACCGUCAACAACCAGCUGGAGCCACUAAGGGUCAGCCUGCCGCAGCACAAAGACAACCGAGACAAAGACAUUCAGUAUGAAUGCCAGAAACUCAUGGGCUCCCCAGACCGGACGUGUGACGGGGCUGAGGAGGAGGACGGGGCUGAGGAGGAGGAGCUGAAACGAGGAGCGACCGAGCUAGACAAGAGCUCCUCCCGAAAGUGCACCUCGGCAGGAGUGCGGGACAAAUUGAUGGGCGAAGUGGGACGGGUGUGUACGACGCGCAGUGCCCCCGUCAAACCCCCCCACCGGACAGCGUACAGCCCCAAAGACAACCGGUGUAAAAACCUUAAUGCUGCCAACAUCAGUGAGGACAUCAAAGACCAUUACGUAUGAGCACUAGAGGUGAGACCUCCCUGACUAAAGACUAUGUCUCAUAGAAAACCCAAGCACCAGUAGUGAAGACUUUAAACACACGUUUUACAUUUUAUUCGACUUUCAUCCUCUGUCUGCAACAUGGAGGCUCCUUAUUUACUGAAAGCGUUUGCAAAUGUACAUUUCAACAGCAAAAGGAGACUUGAAUUUCGAUUUCAAUCACACUCUUUACUUUUUUGUGUUUACAAACUGCCGCUCCCUUCAAAGGAGAGCAAUCACAGUGUGUCACUGAGAUUGUGUGUCAUGUGACUGUGUGAGCACUGCCCUGUGGACUAUGGAGAGUCAUGGAAUGGCAGCUGUUGUUGUACCACUACGUUACUAUUAGUGCAUUUAGUGAAUAUAUGCCUUAACCCGCACUGUGGGCCUUUUCAUUGUUCUCUUGGUAUAUUCAUGUCAUAUGUAUCAGUGUAUGUAUGAUGUAAAAUGUUAUAUAUACAACCUUAUGAAAGCUAUAAGCGGUAUAUAACGCCUUACAUCAGCAUUAGGUUGUACACAUAAACAUAUUUUCCACGAUGUCAAUGAUUCUGGAGAUCAUUGUAAUCUACCACUUCAUGUGAGUCUAGAUGCUUUAUUAUUUCAGUAUUUUAUUUGGUAGAAAGUGUCUUCAGGCCUACUUUUAUUAUUUCAUCUCAUUCAAAUAAUUGAUCCAGAACAUACUGUAACACAUUUAAACAAAGGGAAAAUGUCCUUUCACAACUUUUCAUAUCACCACAAAGGUAUUUCUUUGAACAAUGUAUAUAUGUAAUUAUAAAAAUGCCUGUGUAUAUUUUAAUUUAGUAACUUAAGAGACCCUUUUUGUUAUGGUUAUUCUAAAGAAUAAGAUUUUGUUUGUUUUCUAUGAUUUCAUUCCGUUUUCUUAUCGUCAGUUGACACAGGGCAGAUUUUAUAUUGAUUUAUGGACGAUAUCCAGGGUCCCACUUAAUCACAAGAGCAUUGACAGAAACAAAUUAUUGUGCUUGUUUGUUUUGCUGUAUGAUUUUUUCUUUUGCUCCAACACUUAACAUUGUGAGUAAGCAGAGCUGUUAGUUGUAGUCUGCUGCUGUACUUGGAGCUGUUGGGAGUUUCCCUAGUGAAUGCUGGCUCACCAUCUCCCAUUCACUGUGCUACUUACUGUAUGUGAACAUUAGAAUGUCCUAUUAUAUUGCAGAAGUCUACCAGGGCAUGGAUGGGUUGUGUCGAUCUAAUACAAAAGCAGGACAUGCAGGCUCUCGUCAUUGCGAUUUAAGUCUGAAUCACGAGUCACUAGAAUCCAAUUCAAACCAUCAUGAUCACAUCAACCAAGUGGAUGAAUCGUUGUCUGGAUGGAAACUCGUGGGUUACACUGCUGCUUCGCAGGAGCGCUCAGCCCUGCUGUGGUGCAUUGGAUUUCUGCUUUCAAUACUGGUCUAAUGAAGGGAACAAGUUUUAUUGUUGUUGUUGAUGUUGUUGUGGUUGUUGUCCAGUGUUUGCAUUAUAUUCUGUUUCUGCACUAAGACAAGAGGACCCAUUGAGCAGAACCUCAGCGGUGGUAAUGAACAUGAUUUUUUUGUUCUUUAAUGUUGUUAAUUCUCAGACAGGAAUUGUGCUUUAAAUUACAAAAAUAAAUGUUUUCAAAUUAGUACCAAUAUCCAAUCAGUAGAAUACCACUAGGCCCAGAGAACGGGCUGAAUGUGCAGAACAUUGUAAUAAUUUUGUACAAAAGAGCAUUUGCGUCUUGGUUUGUUAGUGGAAUUUAUGUUUGUUCUUAGAACAAUCCAUUUAUUUAUUAAAGUAUUUUA